AUGUGCUCCUUUAUCGGCCAAAUCUUAUAUGGAGCGGUAAUGCUGGCGGCUCUCGGAUUGACACUGGGAUCCAUGUUUACCUCAGGUAGUUUAACGGACUUGAAUCUUCAACGAUUUAUUUUUAUACCAGACAUGGUUAAAAGUACACCUGACCCGACCCCUUUAAAAUUUUUCAAAGCCCGGCCAGGCGGGACAUUCAACUCAGCAGGGUCUUAAAGUACGGCCGCCCAAAAAAUUUUUUUUUGUUAUAGCUGUACUCUCGUUUAUUACUAGGCCGUUUGCAAAAUCACUGGAGUGAUUUUCGCGACAUGCACUCUGAGAAAACAAAAGCUGACUUUACAUUGCAGUGCACAUGUGCAUGCACUGUGCAAUUCGGCUUUUUGCACCGUGCAAUAAACUUUUUCGGGCUGUCGCUCGCAGCCUGACUUUCCUUGCACAGUGCACGUUGCCGAAAUGCUCAAAGCAACUCCGAAAUCUCUGUCAUGCUCCGUUCUUCGACAAAAAUAUCCAGUAAUGUCGAUCCUCUUAUGUUUUACAUAAAGUUACUUUACCACUUAGUCGCUCGUGAAACGCAUCCAAAUGUUUCGUUUCAUCCAGUAAAAAAAUAGUAGAGCGGGUCGGGCCUUUCUGUGGCCCAAAGGCCGGCCCCAAAAACGGCCCGGCUCCUUUCAAAAUUUCCAGAGCCCGGCCCCCCAGCCAUGUUUGGUUUAUAGUUCAUAUUGGAAAACUUGUAAAUAAAUAUAAUUAUAGAAUGGCGAAAAAUAACGGACACUGGUCGAGGCGACUCCUCAGGGGGAUUAUUCAACUUUGACUGCCAAUUCAGCGAUUUAAGUCAAUGCAGAAGUGUCUUUGAUGUAAGUUUAAUAAAUCAUCACUAAUAUUGUCCUUCGAGAACACCUUGUUGAAUAAUCUUUUUAGUCCCGAGAAACCUGGGAGAAAGUAGUUAUCAUCGCCAUGAUCGUCGCUGUAAUUCUGGAAGCCUUGGCCGUCGCUUGGACCGUCUUCACCUUCUUUGCCUGCUGCUGUCGCAAGAAUAUGUUAUAUCCUUACGCUGGCUUCGCAUUAUGCUCCUUGAUCGCUCUGGUUUUGGCGUUGGCAUUCUUCUUCGCCCACUAUAAAGAUCAAAUCGGCGGUGGUAAGUAAAAAUUUUUUUAUACAUUUGAACGGUAUCUCAAGUGUUUGGCCAAAUUUCAAAACGUUUCCUUCCACGAGAAAAAACAAAUUGAGUGCAAAUUUUGUUUAGAGACUCCUGGGUUUGUUUGUUUUAAGCGAGUUUGUACAAUGAUUCAUCCUUGCCUGAUAAUUUUGGUACCAGAAAAGUCAUAAAACUGUCCUAAUGUGUACGAUUCGGUCGCAAUUGCAGACAACCCACGCUUGCGCCAUUUCCAUCUAUCAUAAUGACAUAAACAAUUUUAUAUCAAUGAUGACCUUUUGAUGUUGAAAUUUACGGUAAUAAUCAUCUCUUUUUCAGUUUCCACCGACUUGAAUAGCAUCACCGGUCAAGCCAAUCUCGGCUACAGCUUCUAUCUAGGCUGUGGGGCCGCCGUCGCGAAUAUAAUCGGACUUGUGAUCGGCGGACUCACCUCCUGCCUGACCUCCGAAAAGUAA